UGUUGUUUCUCUCUUGUCAAGAACUGGAAAUCUCCCACAACAAGGAACAGCCUUAAGGAUUUCGUGUAUCUAAAAGAUCGCUUAAGGCUCAAGUCAAGUUCAUUGAUUUCUAGCUUCCAAAUUCGAAAGUCAAUCGUCUAAGCUUCAGAGACAAGAGACAUGGAAGUUUCCGGCGUCGUUCUCCGACAAAUUCCUUCCGUUUCAGGUGCCGUUGCCGAUGGCCGUUACUCCGGUCUCCGAUCGGUGUCCAAAUUUUCCGGCAAUUCACGCACGGUGUCGUUUCAAACCAGGAAAUUUCACGGGGUUAUGUGUAAUAACGAGUUUGCGGAUAAAGAGCACAUGAAUUACUAUUUCAAGCCAACGAGAUGCGGCGGAGAGAAGGAGAAGGUUAAGCUUAUGGAGAAGGAGAAGAAGGCGUUGAAGAAGAAAGCUAAGGUCCUUAAAAGUCUUUCUAAGAACUUAAACAUGUUCUCAAGCAUAGGGUUUGGUCUUAAUCCAGAAGCCGGUUUGGUUUCUGAGAUUCAGAACAAGUCAAUCUCGGAAGCAACAGAGAUUUUGGUUAAGCAGCUAGAGCAGUUAAAAGCAGAGGAGAAGCUAUUGAAGAAACAAAGGAAAGAAGAAAAGGCAAAAGCUAAAGCCAUGAAGAUGACUACUGACAUGGACUCUGAAUCAUCAUCAUCUUCGUCUGAAUCAAGUGACAGUGAUUGUGGCAAAGGAAAAGUUGUUGACAUGAACACUCUCAGAAACAAGGAGAAACCGAUUCUUGAGCCGUUACAGCCAGAAUCUACUUUAGCAACCCUUCCUAGGAUCCAAGAGACUCUGAUUUCUAAUAAGAAGCUCGAAGAAGAUGCACAGAUCACAGGCGAAGCAUUGCAGCUUGCUCUGCUUCAAUCAGCUGCUGCGUCCACAGUCUUUCCCUUAAUGGCAAAUCCUGGACAGAGAUUGAAGACAGUAGAAGCGGUUUCAGUGGUUGGAUUGCCAUUGAAGAGAGUAGAAGUGUGUAUGGGAGGAAAGUGUAAGAAAUCAGGAGGAGCUGUGUUGUUAAAUGAGUUUCAAAGGGCCAUGACGGGCAUGGAAGGAUCCGCUGUGGCUUGCAAGUGCAUGGGGAAGUGUCGAGAUGGUCCAAACGUUAGAGUUGUGAACGAGACUUAUGAUUCUAUGAUGACUGAUUCAGUUAAGACACCGUCCAAGACCGUUUGUGUAGGAGUUGGAUUGCAGGAUGUUGAAACUAUUGUCACAAGUUUCUUUGGUGAAGAAUCUAGCAGAGAGGGACUCGGUUAUGUCUCUUAUUGAAAGUGUUCUUAACUGACCAAAGAUAUAUAUAUAUAUAUAUAUAUAUAGUGUUAUAGUGUGAUGUUUUCUCUCAUUGUACAUAUCUGUCUUCUUAUGCAUCUUUGAGUGUAACAUUGAUAUAUUUAUCUUACUGUACUUUGGUUUGAAAAGAAAA